AUGUCUUUCCUUCGUGGUGUUCUCAGCAACAUUCAGCCUAAAUUAGGCCAGCAUAGUCAUCGUAUUAAUGAUGCAUUAGAGUCUCUUAACGCCAAUAAACACUCUGGUAAAGAAGGUUUUAAUACUGCGAUUAAAGCAGUGGUCCAGGGGGUGAACAGGUAUAAUGAGGGUGUGAAGGAGAGUAACGAGAAAAUUAACAGCGUUAUUUAUGAGAUGAAUACGAACAUGGAAAAGUAUACAAAAGUUUCAUUAAAAGAUAUUUUACCAGCAAAGAAUGAUUAUGGUAAGCCGCUUGUCCAUAGUACAGAGAAGAUUGUGGAAGCUGUGACCGUAGUGGACGAAAAGCUGGAAGCAUGUAAAAAGGAAGCCAAGACGUUUUUCAAAGGCAUUGCAAACGCUAAAGAAGACAUUAAGGAUUUAAAUGACGACUUGGAAUUAAGAGUUAAUAACGUAAAAGAUAACAUUUUACAUGACGUUACGAGGCUUAGUGAAAUUCACAAGCAGCAGAAAGAGGAUCUGACAGCUGUGACUGAGAACGUUAAAAAUAAGCUUAAUGAUGCUAGAGAGCAGAUUAAUUCGCAGAUCAGUCAACAGGUUACUGCGCUUGUUGAGAAGUUGAAGAAAUUGGUUAUCCAGAUUAAAAGUAAGUUGGAAGAAAUUGACAGGUGGCUGAAGCAGUACGUCACCGACUUAGAAACUCGAAUGAAGGAAGCUGAAGAAAUUGUUAGGGCAGUGGAACAGAAGGUGGAAAAAAUAUUGGAGGAGGUUCAUAAGGAUGGUAAACAUAAGAUAGCGCUUAAACAGGCGGCCGCAGAAAUUAAGGGACACGCCAUGACGCUGCACGAGCAGUUUGACGAGGUGAAGGAAAAGUAUAAUGAUAUGUUUACGAAAUUGAAGGGAGCGGAUGGAAGCGGACAAGGCGAUGAGGGUGGUGUGAUGGGAAAUAUUAGAAAUGCUUUUGAGGUACAAAAGAAUGCUUUGGAAAAGAAUACUCUGGAAGAUUUCAAGGGUACGAGGGGCGUAUGGGAAUUGAAAGAGCAGAUCGUGGCAGUCACGCAACAAGUUGAGCAGAACGUUAAGGAGUAUGUUGAGACGUUGUGGAAUGCCGUGAAGGCGGGGUUGUCUGCUGCUGCUGUUAGUAGUUUGUCCAGUAACAGAUGUUUUGUAGCGUUGAAAAAGGGUCUUACUAGUGGUACGUUCAUGAAGUUAGGACAGCAGCUUCCGCAAUUCGUCCAGUUACUGCAAAAGGGUGAGCUGCCUAGCUCAAAUGGAAUUGCAGGUGAUAUACAUAGUGUUUUGAUAUGGCUUCAUAAGGUCAAUACUAAGUUACCAACUUCAAAAGGCCAAGAUCUUCCAACAUCGGAAGAGCUUCUUAAAGAACUUCAAACGGCGUUCGAAGGAAAGGCCACCGGAGGGCACGUAGACAGCAAAAUCUUCGCAGUCCUCCAAGCCACAGCCAAGAAAGCAAUGGAGAGGGUGGAGAAAGACGUUGAUGUAUUCGUUAGUAAACUUGACGACAUUAAUAAGUUAGAGCAAACCGUUAUCGACGCCGCAAAAUCAACUGAAUCGAUCAUUAUACAGAGAGCCAGCGUAGUAGAAAACAGCCUUAAGGAACUUUGCCAAGCUAUUCUAAAGGCCGCGGAAACCGGCGACGACAGCGCUAAAAAGAAAAUAACUGAGCUGAGAAGAAAAAUCGGCAUCACUCUAAAAAAUGACACAAGCUUCCAAAAAGUUCGUGAUAACCUCAAUCAGCUUAGAGAAGAUAAUCUGAGGAAGGCAAUAAACGACGCCGAAAACUUUGCUGUUGAAGCCGAAAGGGAACGUAAAGUCACAAUCCAAAAACUUGAAUCCUUCGUCACCACGACAAUUGGUGGAGCUAAAUCCGCAAUCACCAACGACCUGAAAUCCCGCUACGUCAAAUUCAUCAAGACCAUGCUCACAAAGUUCGCCGAGAAAGUAGAAAAGGAAAUCGGAACGCUCCCAAAAGACAUAACAAAAGAUGCCGACAAGGGCUUUAAAGGCUCCAUGGGAGUGCUCGAGCAGAAAUUGACGGACAGUAAAUUGAACAGCGAAUUGGAUGGCGACGCAAAAUUAGAGACACUGUCCAGCAGGGCAAAAAUAUUCUUCACUGAGCUGCUCAAGACGCUGAACAUGCGGCCUCAAAUCAUGGACUCUAAUAACCUCUCGAAGCUGCGAAGCAAACUAGACACUCUUUUCACUAGCCUCACCAAAUACAACACAAAAUUCGUUAAUGACUUAUCCGCACUUAAUACGUUACUCACUGAAAUGCAUCCACAAUCGUACGCCAACCAGAACAACCCGUUGCUGCAGUUCCUUAGGGAUGGUGUCGCAGAUAUGCACGGGGAGCUAGAUAAGGCGUACGUGAGCGUGUACGAUGAUGAACGGUGGGAUCAUUACUAUAAUAAGAACUAUGCUAGAAUAUUGUUGACUACGAUUAACACACUGUUGCAUGAGCUCACUCAGUUGACAGACCAGUGCAAUUCAUAUUGGUUCUCGAAACAGAUUAAUUCCAUCACCGAACUCGGCAUUUGCUUAAACAGAUACGGGUACAAUGUGUCCAACGAUAGAAAUGGACAAAACGGUGAGCUGCGGAAUUCUCCAAAUAUGCAAGGCCAGCAUAUCAUUUCUGAGCUUGCUAAGCCGAUCGCCGGCACCGAGAACCAUGAGCAUCUUAAAUCGUGUAAGGACGACGAAAAUAGGACACAGGAAUUAAAUAAACCACUUGAAGCAAAAACACAAUUUAAUGUAAUGGACAUCCUCAAUUGCCUUCUCAGACACUUAGAGCAGUAUAACGAAGUGUGCCAUUCCACUCUCCGACCUAUACCACGUCGUCCCUGCAAUGUAUUCCAGAUGCUUUGA